UCUCCACCCACCAAUCGGCUCACGUAGACACAGGACCCGCCCCCAGGCUACGUCGCCUGUCAGUCUCCGUUAGACCCCGCCCCUCCCUGCCUUUUACACAAACAGCAGUAGCGCUCGAGAGAGUAAAUAGAGAAAGCCCCAAGAUGGCGGAGUCAGUGAGCUUCAUUCACUUUGGUGCAGCGAAUAAAACCCCGCUGUCCAAACCUAAAGAGCCGAAAGCCACGACGGAAAAUCGACCGCAGUGUUCACGCGACCACCACCCUCCACCAGCGAAGAAAGUGCGAAACGAUGAGAAAAGCCUGAAACCCAAGAAACUGAACGGAGAAGGCGGGGGAGGCGGCGGCAUAGCGGAGCGGCAGCACCAGAAGCAGAGUUAUGGCAGUCCGACAACAUGGAGCUUCAGUCCCAUCAAGUCGAGCAACCCUACGGCGCCAGCCCAACCGCCCCUUCACAAAGUGUUCAAGCAGAGCGCAUUCCUCGCCUCUCCACCAAAGCCCAAAAAGCUCAAGGAAAAACGGGAGAAGGAGAAGGAAAAGAAAAAACAUAAGCCACCCGCGGAAAAUAACGUCAGCAGCUUGCUCGUCUCUGGACCGAAGAAGGAAAACGGAGAGGUGAAGUUGGUACAGAAAGAGCACAUCAACAAGGAAAAGCUGAAGGAUCGAGACCGGGAGCGUGAGCGGGAAAAAAAGAAAGAAAUGCAUAAAGAAACGCACAAGGAAACGCACAAGGAAAAAGAUCUGCAUAAAGAAAUAUAUAAAGACCUGCAUAAGGAGAAGAAGGAGGAGAAAGACCUGCAUAAGGAGAAGAAGGAGGAGAAAGACCUGCAUAAGGAGAAGAAGGAGGAGAAAGACCUGCAUAAGGAGAAGAAGGAGGAGAAAGACCUGCAUAAAGAGAAGAAGGAGGAGAAAGACCUGCAUAAAGAGAGAGAGAAGGAGAGGGAGAAGAAGAAACUCAAACUGUCCAACGUGAUAAAGAGGGAGAACGGGGAGGUCAAACUGCUCCAUAAAGGUGAGAAGGCGAAGGCCAAGCUGAGUCUGGAGGAGCUGCAGAUCAAGAAGGUGAAGAAGAAAAAGCGCAAGAGGCGACGCGAGGAGGAGAAGCGGCGGCGGCCCAAGAUGCACAGCCGCUCCAGCCAGACCGAGCUGCCGGCUUGCGCCUUCAAGCCCCCGCUGCCCGUCCAGCAGGGCGGCGCUGUGCUGAAGCAGGAGAAGGACAAGAGCGCGUCGCCGCGCGGCCUGACCCCCACCUCUGGCUCCGCCCCCGCUGCGGAGGUGGCCAAGGGUGCGUCGCCGUGCCGACUGCCCGGCGUGGAGGCCAUGGAGUUCGGCCGCCUGGUGCACGUGGAGCAGCAGCCUAACGGAGGCGCUCUGGUGCUGCACGCGUACAGCCGCGAGCUCGCCGUGCUGACCCCAGCCCAGCUGCAGCGCUUCGCUCACGAGUUCGUCACGCUGGCCUUCAGCGAGGACCCCGCCGGCGCCGCCCACUACGUCAUGGGCAUCAUCCACGGAGCCGCCGCCUACCUGCCCGACUUCCUGGACUACUUCUCCGGAAAGUUCCCCACCGCACCCGUCAAGAUGGAGAUCCUCGGCAAGAAGGACAUCGAGACCACCACCAUGGCCAACUUCCACAGCCAGGUGAAGAGAACCUACUCCCACGGAACGUACCGCGCGGGGGCCAUGCGGCAGAUCAGUCUGGUGGGCGCAGUAGACGAGGAGGUGGGGGACUUCUUCCCAGAGUUCCUCAGUAUGCUCAACGAGUCGCCCUUCCUGGAGCGCACGCUGCCAUGGGGCACGUUCUCUAGCCUGCGGCUGCAGAGUCCGAAGGAGAGUGAUGAUGGGCCCAUCAUGUGGGUGCGUCCUGGAGAGCAGAUGAUCCCUGUCGCAGACAUGCCAAAGUCCCCCUUCAAGAGGAAAAGGUCGACCAAUGAGAUAAAGAAUCUGCAGUACCUGCCUCGGACGAGUGAGCCGCGGGAGAUGCUGUUUGAGGACCGGACGCGAGCGCACGCAGACCAUAUCGGCCAGGGCUUCGAGAGGCAGACCACCGCUGCCGUCGGAGUGCUCAAGGCUGUCCACUGCGGAGAGAGCUCUGAGCCUCCUCGCAUUACCAAAGAUGUGAUCUGUUUCCACGCCGCUGAUUUCCCUGAUGUGGUGCAGAGACUACAGCUAGACCUGCAUGAACCUCCACUCUCACAGUGUGUGCAGUGGGUGGACGACGCCAAACUGAACCAGCUGCGGCGCGAGGGCAUCCGCUACGCUCGUAUCCAGCUGUACGAUAACGACAUCUACUACAUCCCGCGCGGCGUGGUGCACCAGUUCAAGACCGUGUCGGCCGUCUGCAGCCUGGCCUGGCACAUCCGCCUGCGUCAGUACCACCAGGGCGGAGAGGACGAGGAGCCGGUCACCACGGCAACCACGCCCACCACGCCCCUCGUCAAGCCGGAGCCCGGCGACGCCGCUGCAGAGAGCCCGCCCAAAACCUCCGUCUCCACGACGACGGCGGCAUCCACUGAUGCCCCCAGAGACUCUCAGCCCCUCCCCCAAAUUAAAGUGGAGCCAGCUGAUUCGCUGCUGGUUACCAAGGCAGCCAAGCCACAACCCAGCGGAGAGGGCCGGCCCAAGUCGCAUCACCACCAUCACCACCACCACCACCAUCACCACUCGGACUCCACACAUACACACACACACACACACACGCCAGACCACAGGACCUCCCCCGCCCCCCAGCCCUCUGAAACACACACACCCCAAACUCCAACCCAGACACACACUCCCCAGUCCAGGCCACACCCAGCCGAGCAUAAGCCACACCCGCCCCACUAUAAGCCACACCCAUCCCAUUCUAAACCACACCUACCCCUGUCUCGGCCACACCCACUCCACUUCCAGCAGACCGAGCAGCCUCAGCUGUUGUCUCCUCCCCCCUCAGUCCAAGCACACACACACCCCCACACACACACACACUCUCAGCCCCGACCCCUGACCCCAACACACACACUGCCGCCGCCACCAGCCCAAAGCCACACACACUCACAAGCCCCGCCCCUCACACAAAGCCCGCCCCCACGGCCGCCGAAGCCCAAUCAGGACUCGUUUUCCCCUGCAGAGCCCCGCGUGCAGCCGCACCACAAAGACGUUUUCUACUGAAGAUGAAGAUGGACUCUUACCCCCCCCCCCCCCCCCCCCCCCCCCCCUGGACUCGGACGGUUUUUAACUACCCCCCACCCUGGAGGCAUUUCAGUUCGCCCUUUUUUAAAUUGUUUUUAAACACCCCACACCCCAAAUCCCCCAAACCGCGAUCCAUGAUGACGCCCGCUGUGUGUGUGUGUGUGUGAGGGUGAGAGAGAGAGGUUUGUAAUACACUCACAGGUGUGUGUGUGUGAGUUGUGCACUUC